AUGUCAAAAUCAAGCUAUAGAAGGAAUUAUUUGAAAAAGUACCAAACAGAAGUCAAACCUGGAGAGAAAUUGGUUUCUAGAGAUCAUUAUUUUCAUCUUGCAAGCGACAUUGAGACUGAAAGAAUUAAAGCUGCGAUAAACUUGAUCAACGAGUUGAGAGAAAUCAACGAAGAAGAGGAAUGGAAUUAUGCUCAAAAACGAUUAAUUAAAGGUUUGAAUUCCUCUCGACUUUCUGCAAGAAUUGGAUUUUCAACUGUUUUAACUGAGUUUUUAAAUUUAAGAUAUAAUGAUAAUAAAAUUGACUGUGAAACGUUUUUAAAUAUAUUGUUGCAAAGCACAAACCACGCAAAUGCCAGAAAAGGGAAAGAGUUAAGACCACUUUUGUUUGGAAGAUUAUUUGGCUUGAAGUCUCUAUGCAAUUCGAAGUUAUUUUUUGAGAAGAGUGACACUGACAAUAAAACCGAAAAUAAAAGUGAAUCUGAAAAAACUAACGAUUCCUUGAAAAGAGCAUCCUUUUCAAGACUAUUAAAUAUAACCUUUGAGCUAUCCUUAUUAAAGCCUUGGUUGAGGGAACCUUGUUUUUUUACUUUAUUUGAAUUCUUAAAGAAAUUGAAUGUUUCUACCAGUUUAUCAAAUGAUUUAUUGAUUGAAGUUUUGAAAAAGAUAAAUGAUUUAAAAUUAACCUUUUCUUUAGAAGGUUUAUCAUUUUAUUUAUUGAUUCCUGAUAAUCAAAAAUCAAAAAUUUUGCCAAGUUUAACAUUUACAAAUGGUUGGAAAUCUAAUGAUCCUCUAUUAAAAUCAAACACAUCUUUAUUAGUUAGAACUUUGAAGGAUAAUGAUGUCAUAUUUCCUGAAAAUGAAAAUGAUGAUGAUGGUGAUGAAGAUGAACAGGAUGAGAAACAUUCUAAUAAAUCUAAAAAUAACAACAAUAACCAAACUAAAAAGCAAAUAAAACCUCAAAACAAAGGUACCUGGUCUCCAAGGCUACAUUAUUCAUGGCCCAUUUUGUCUCAGAAAAUCAUUGAAAAAGAAAUAGAUAGUACUUCUUCAAUUAGUGACGAUAAUAAGGACAUUAAAAGCACUAUUGAAAUUACAACUGAAAACGUUACUAAUAAAAAAAGGAAAAAAUAUUAUAAAGAAGAUUCCAAAAAGAAAUUAAAAAUUGCUGCUAGUAACAAUAAUAACUAUAUUCAUAUUAAAGAAUUUUGGCAAGAUAUUGUGGACCCAUCUUUUUUUUCAAAUGACCCUUCAUCUGAAAGAAAGUUUACGGGAUUUAGGAUUUUCAAGUUGUUUUUGCUUCAAUUGUUUCAAUUAUCUAAAAACUCAAACAACCUGAAAGCUAUAAAUUCAUUUUUCAAUUAUUUAUUUACUCCUCAUCUUUUAAGAACACUCAUAAAUCAGUCCAAUAAUACCAAGAGCCAUCUUAAUAAAUUAGUUAGAAAUGAAAUUCUUCACGAUCUUAUUAUAAAAGAAAUUUCUUUUCAAAAUCCAAAAUUAUCACUAGUUUUCAUUCAUAAUUUAGCCUUCUCAAAACAUGGAAGUUUUAUUUUUGAUAGAUUGACCAAAUCUACAACUAUAGAUAAUUUAACAAAUAACGUAAUAUCAUUGGGAGAUUCCAAUGAUAUCAAAAAAUUACUAGAGUUUUAUCUCGAUGUUUUAAAUAACCCUCUAAUUCAUUUGAAUUUACAAGAAGAAAAGUCAAUUAACAAUAAGAUAAAACAAGAUAAAAUCCAGGAUAAAAAUAAAAAUAAAUUAAAAAAAGAAAUUUUAGAUUCAGAUGAAGAAAUGGAAGAUGCUAAAUCUGAAUCAGAUAAUAAAAUAACAACCAAAACACAAGAGGCUAAGAUAAUUAACCAAAAACAAAGAUGGGCUAUCGAUAGAAUUGUUAGUUUGAUCAAAUUAUAUAAGUCAAUUCAUUUGGAUACAUUUUCACAUGAUGCACAUGGAUGGAUUGACUCAAUUUUAAAAAAUUUUCUUAGUCACUCUCAGUUAAAACCAACAAAUGAAAAUUUGCAAAAAUUUUACACAGAGCCAAAUUCAAAGCUUAUUGCUGAAAAGUUAAAUUCCAUUUUAUCUGAAGUGAUGAGCAGUGAAAGAGUUGAUAACAUUACUUGGUCUUACAAAACUUUGAAAUUGUUAAUUGAACUUGAAGACAAAGAAAUUAAAAAUAAAAACAAUAGUGAGUUUAAAUUAAGAAUAGCGUUAGACGAUAAAUUAAAUAAUGUGAUCAAUCUGAAUUUAAAAACUUUGAAAAAAAUCAAUCAAAAUAGGUUAAAUUUAAUAUCUUCAAAAUCCAAAUCCAAAUCCAAAAACCAUCCUCAACUCAAACAACUUUAUUCCUUUGAAUUGCUUUAUUCAAUGGUUAUACUUCAACUACGUUUAGGAAUCGAUGAAGAUAUUGCUGAUUCUAUUGCUGUUUUAGAGGAAAUUACUACCAUUUAUAAGAACCUAAAAAUAAAUGGAAACGAAGACUUAUAUGAUGAUAAUAGUAAGGAAAGUGAUAUUGAAACUAAAAAUGAUGAACAAUCACACAAUUUGGACACUUUGAUUGAAAUACUUUUAUCUUUUAUAAGCAAGAAAAGCUCUGUGUUAAAAUCUAUUACAUUUGUAAUUUGGACCAACUUUCUUAAUGAUAUUAGUUAUAAAAAUUUGGAAAGUUUGACAUCUAUUUUACUAACUAAGGAAAAUUUAGAAGGUCAAAAAAGUUUGUUUGAUGAACAGUCUGAUAACGAAUCACCAUCUGAUAAUGAAACCAACAUUGAGGAUGAAAUAACUAUAGAAGAUGAAAAAGAUACCAUAAAAAUUUCCACAAAUAAUAACAAAGACAAUGAAGAAGAUCAAGAAGGCAUCGAUGAUGUUGAAGAUGAUGAAGAAGAAAAUGAUGAAUAUGAGGAUUCCUCUGAUGAUGCUUUGAUUGAAGAAGUUGAAAAAAAGACCACUAUCGCUCUUGCUGAAGUUUUAGGUGUACCCCAAGAAGGUGGAGAGAUUAAAUUCGACGAAAACGAUAGUUCUUACAUUUCUAGUAUGGAAGAAGAGGAUUCAGAUGAUGGAAUGGAUGAUGAUCAAAUGAUGGCUAUUGAUGAUCAGCUUUCUAAAAUAUUCAAGCAAAGAAAAGAUGCUAUCAAUGAAUUCAAAGGUAAAGGUGGAAAUCAGAGGAAAAAGGAUGCUUCAGAAGCAAGAGAAAACAUGGUUCUUUUCAAACUGAGAAUUUUGGAAUUACUAAAGAUAUUUAUUCAAAACAAUAGUAAAUCUAGAAAUUCAUACUUGGCUCUAUCAUUAAUAAUUCCAUUAAUUAAGUUGAUUGGGCUAACAACAAACGAGUCAAUCAGAAUCAAAUCCCAUGCUUUAAUUAAAAGCUUAUGCAAGUUUCAAUUUUCUCUUUCCAAUAAGUUUUUGAAAGACCACAAAGAAAUUUCUUUAGACUCUCAAAACAACUCCAACUUUAUUGUUAAUGAAGGCAAACUUCUUAAAAUACUAGAAGAAAUCCAAAAUAUUGCAUUAACUUCAAAAAAUAGUCUUCAAAGUAGCAGUUGCAAUCAGACUUCUACGUUGAUUUCAAAAUUAUUAAUCAAUUAUGAUGCAGAAAACAAUUUGAAAAAGGUGGUUGUGGUUUAUGAAAAUACCUUAUUAAACUGGUUCAGCAGCAAAAAUAGUAAAGUUCAAUCAAGAAUGUUUAUUGAUUUUGUGAAUUGGCUAGAUAGCAUGAGGCAAAAAGCUUAA